AUGGACAAGGACAACCGGGACGAUUUCACUUUCGCGAAGUUGAGUGAUCUGAAACUACCGGUCACUUUCCGGAUCUCCCAACUUGAGGGAACGCGGAAGCCACAUCCUUUCACUGAGCUUCUAGAGAAACCCGAUUUACGGUUUCAUGGUGUUCAGCAGUCACCUGAACUGUCCGACUUAUAUGUUACCUGUCAACUGGUUGCGGAUAAUAAGCCUCUGACUAUCCCAUUCAGAACGUCUUACAAGGCGUUCAAGAAAGACUACACAUGGAACGAGUGGAUCACAUUUCCAAUACGCUAUUGCGACCUCCCGAUGAGUUCGCAGGUCACCUUCACCGUUUGGGACAUAUCAGGUCCGAGGUCUGCUAUCCCAGUUGGUGGAUCCACAUUUCGUCUCUUCGGCAAAAAUUAUAGAGAGGCAGAUGGUUCGAUCGAAACCACAACGCCCAGCAAGAUUGGGACAAGAGAUGAGAUGGGCAGACUAGAGAAGCUUGUGAAGAAGUACGAAAGAGGCGACAUGCCGAAGUCUGACUGGCUUGACGCGAUGGCUUUCCGCAAAAUAUCAGAAAUACAUGCGGUAGAAACGGAUAAGUCCGAAAACUUGUUCCUCUAUAUUGACCUGCCGCGCUUCGACUUUCCAGUCAUCUUCUGUGAACCGGAUGGUACAAGCUCAGCUUCUACCUCUUCUGCUGCGGCCCAGGCGCAAGUCCCUCCUGUAGUUCCUCAACAGCCCAGCUUCAUUGCGGACACGUCCCUUUGGCAAGUAAUCGACCCAGACAUUGCGAGAGAGAACCCGGUAGAAGAUAAGCAUCGCCGCUUGGUCCGAAGUCACCGCAGUAGCCCCUAUGACCGUGAGCUUAAGCCCAAUGCCAAGAUUCGAGACGAGCUUUCCGUCCGAAAUCUGAAUUACGCGCCUAGUCAGCCUCUGACGUCUGAGGAGAAGGACCUCAUCUGGAAGUUCCGCUUCUACCUCACGAGGGACAAACGCGGUCUGACGAAGUUCCUAAAAUCUGUGACGUGGCGGGACCCUUCGGAGGUCAAACAGGCAGUCGAGGAGCUCCUUCCUCAAUGGACAGAAAUCGACACGGACGAUGCGCUCGAGCUGCUUGGACCUAACACUGUCGACUCACGCGUGAGAGCCUUCGCCGUGAAGCAGCUCAGCAGAGCAGACGACGAUGAGUUACUCCUGUACCUGUUGCAACUGGUGCAGGCGCUCAAGUUCGAGAGCGCAGCGGGCGACCAGAGGUCUUCACGGUCAACGACCAGCAACCGCUUCCACUGGUACCUCAUGGUUGAAGUCGCUAUCGAAGAUCGAGUAAUCAAGAAGAUGUACGGGAGGGUUGUGUACAACUUCAUGCAGAAGAUCGUAGAGUCUGAGGGGGGCGCUGAGCGGCGUGAUCUCAUGCGCCGCCAGGGCGAACUCAUCGACACGCUGGCCAAACGUGCGCGGGACCUUCAUUCGAAGAACAGCCUCGCGUCGAUGUCGCCGCUCCCUCUGCCGCUCAACGCGCGUGUCAUGGUCACGGGCGUCAUCGCUGAGAAGUCUAGCGUCUUCAAGUCGAACAUGUUCCCGAUGCUGCUCUACUUCCAAUGCGCCGACGGUUCGGAGUAUCCGCUUAUCUUCAAGGACGGCGAUGACAUGCGUCAGGAUCAGCUCGUCAUCCAGCUGUUCACGCUCAUGGACAGGCUAUUGCGCAAGGAGAAUCUCGACCUGAAGCUCAGUCCGUAUGAUGUCCUCGCAACGGGAGCCUCACAAGGCAUGGCGCAGUUCAUCCCCAGCAAGACGAUCGCGGCCAUUGUGAGCGAAUACGGGACGUUGCUGAACUACCUACGCGCACACUAUCCCGACGAAGGCAGCGUCGGGACUUAUGGCGUAGAGCCCGGGGUCAUCGAUACAUUCGUCCGGAGUUGUGCUGGGUACUGUGUCGUGACAUAUCUGCUCGGAGUGGGAGAUCGUCAUCUGGAUAACCUUCUGCUCGCGCCGGAUGGGCACUUCUUCCACGGUAGUCGAUUUUGGAUACAUCCUCGGCGUGACCCGAAGCCACUCGCGCCGCCCGUGAAAGUGUGCAAGGAAAUGUACGACGCCAUGGGUGGCGUACAAUCCGUUCACUACACGCGCUUCAAGAACUUCUGCUUCACGGCCUUCACCAUUCUGCGGAAGAGCGCGAACCUCAUCCUUAACUUGGUCACUUUGAUGGUCGACGCCAACAUCCCUCACAUCAAACAUCGUGACGUUCACGAACAGUACUAG